ACGGUAAGUCAUCGUACACGGUAGGUUUACAGAUGACUCACAAGGAUCUACGGCAGGCAGAGCUGACCGUCCGCCAACGUCUGGAGGCUACGCAGAAACAUGCAGAAGUGGAGCUGCAGACAUACCAACAACGAGCUCGGAAAAGCGGCUGGAGUGUGAACGCAGCAAUCGGAGCACAAAUCCUAUUUGGGGCGUUGACAACCGGAAUAUCAGCAGCAACCACUGGUAGACAAUCAUCGAUCGCUACCUCAAUCCUCGGAGGCCUGUCCACCAUGGCAGCUUCCUAUCUGGCGAAAGCAAGAGGUUCUGGAGAACCAGAGGCGAGUAGGGCUAGGUCUAGAGAGCUGGAGCAUUUUGGCCGAGAUAUUGAGGGGUUCCUCCUCGAUCAUGGCAAUGCAGUAGGAUCUGUAUUUGAUGACCGUAUUGCUCGAUUUCGGAGACGGUUUGAGGAGAUUAUGGGCAAUGAUCGGUCUGAUCGCAUAGGGGACUUCACUUCGGCCUCCACUGAGAAGAAAAAGCACGAUUCGCCUGUAUGACCGUCUGCGUUUCGACAUGACCAUUUGUAU